UUCGCACAACUCGAUCUCCAAGUUGGAAAGAGUCCGCUCCUCCCAAACUUUGCAAACCUUUGUAGCUUCCCUGCAACCACACUGAUAGCUCGGCUCUGAUUGCUGCAAAGGAAGUUGACGAGUGAAUGCUUGUUACCCUUAAGGAUUUUUUUCUUUUUUGGUGAUUUAUUCUUAACAGUAUUUAUCCUGCGAGUCAUGUAUUUUGUCCUGUAAUGUCAGCAGAUCAGGAUAAAGACGCCCUCUCUCUUAAAAGAAACAGAGGUGGAGAUGGUGGGUUUGAAGGCUUAGGAGCGCCAGGCAUACAUCUGGGAAGCCCUGAUAAGAAAAAACGCAAGACAAAUGCACAGGUCAACACUUUCUCCCCUCUUUCUGAAUAUGCUCCACCGGUAAACCCAAGUACUGAUCACCUGGUGGCCGCCAAUCCUUUUGAUGACAACUAUAAUUCUACAUCCUACAAACCUCUGCCUUCUGGAAGUCCAUAUUUUAGCAAUCUUAAUUACACAGGUUUUGGUGGAUAUAAUACUCCGAGAAUGGCACCCAACUUGCAUCAGAGAAUGCCUUCACCCUAUGGAGGGUCAUACCCAGCAAGAAAUCCACACCCCACGUUUGCCCAACAUCAACUAGGUAUGGGAUUUAAAAGACCUCAUGGUUUUGGUUUUGUUCCCCAUGAUAAUCCAAACUUGGCUGGACAGCCACCUUUCAAUAACAUGAACCCAGGCAUCAACUUUCCACCAAAUCAUCCUUUCAGGCAUAGUCCAGGAGAAUCUUUCAACCAGCUACCAACACAAAAUAUGAAUCAGAAUCCAAACUCAGACAUGGCAUCUCAUUUUGGGCCAGACAUGAACACAAAUCUGAAUACCCCAAUCGGGCCUGAUGUGGAAACAAACCAUAGCUACAUUCAGCCUCCGAACAAUUUCACUCAGACCAGCACCCUUCCACCAAAGCAAGACUUCAGCCAUGGGUCAAACAAAAGUCGUCGCCUAGCAGGCCAUCAGCAUGGUCAGUGCCCUGAGGAGAAUUUAAACCAAGAAGGGGCUGAGCUGAAAAACAAUAGCAGAAACAGUUCCCAUGCCCAAGAAAGUAAUCAUACAGCAAAAACAACAGACAACAUAAAUAGCUCUCGUUCAAACAAUGGUGCAAAAAGUAAUUCUGGUCAGUCUCACACUGCUGUGGAAGUUGGUUUUGCAAAGAGAAGCAACAACAAAACAGCAGCUCUGCCUAAUCGACUGAGCCAUUCCUCUUCUGACCCCAUUUACCCUUGUGGAAUCUGCAUGAAUGAAGUCAAUGAUGAUCAGGAAGCCAUCUUAUGUGAGGCGUCAUGCCAGAAAUGGUUUCACAGAGUUUGCACUGGCAUGACUGAGACCGCAUACAACCUCCUGACUGCAGAAGCCUCAGCAGUGUGGGCAUGUGAUACAUGCAUGGAGAACAAGGAGUUGCGGCUUCUGAGAUCAAAGGAAUAUACAGACCAAGAAGCAAUAACUAAAGAUGGCUAAAAUUCAUGACAAGGAAUUUUUAAUUACCUUUUCUCCAGGCAGUAGAGGGUUUUAUAAGAAAGAGGGGAAUAAAAUUAACUUAAUAAUGUUCUGUAUUUUCUGGGUGUGCCUUUCUAGUAAAAGCUGCCUACAAAAGUGGAAAAUUCUUCUCAGAAGGUAUAACUUGUAAUGAGUGAAAGAGUUGAUUCAGUCAAAAUCCAGUGGAGUAGUGAUUUCAUCUUGACUUAACAAAAGAACGUUAACUGCUAGGGAUGAACUAUAGCUUUUAAUUUUACAUCAGUCACAUAGUAAUAGGAAAAGUGGCAUAAAAUACUUCCGCAUGAACAAAGUUGUGUGUUUAAUCAGCGAUUGGAUUGUUCAUGUUAGGCACCGACAACACAGUGUCAUUGUUGUCAGUAUUUGAAAUCUGCUGGUAUAGAACCGUGAUGAGAAUGGAAGUGACAUUCUUUUAGUCAUGUAUUCUUAUUCUGGAGAUGUUUGAAAAAUCACCCAAUCGACUUGCCACUAUGCGCAUAAUAAUUCAAAAUGCAUUUGUAGAAGUGUGGGUGUGGGCUUAGUUGGAUAUCUGAACUUUAGGUAGGUGGGCAUCUUUACUGACGGUAUUUAGGAAUUGCAGAGAUUUUGUAUGUAUUUAAAUGUCCAUUUAAUCCACCCAGUUGCUGUUUUCUCCAGUGUAUAAGCAGUGCAAGAAAACUGUCUGGUUUAUACCCAUGUAGUACAUACAGUUUUUAAAAUCGUUGUCUUUGUUCACAUUGUUGUAUAUUACAUCUACCUCAGUGCACAAGAGGUUAUUUAAGAUUAUUUCAGUGCUAAAAAGUAUUUUGGCUAAUCUUGUCAGGUUCGUAAAUAUUUCUGCUAGACUAUUUUUGAGAUAUCUUUUUCUUUAGGUAAUUCUCUCACUUUCUUACUGAAAGUUUUUUUAAUCGUGAGCAAUAUGUUCCUUUGGUUCUAGAAACUGAUAUCUUGUAAAUAAGACAGAGAAUAUGCAAAAGAUUAGAGCACAGAAAGAUCAGCCUGCCACGUCCACAAUAAUUUUCUUUAAGACUGGAGACAGAAUGAUCUUAAAUUUAUAGCAGAGACUUUAAAAACCUUAGAAUGGUGUACUAUCAAAACACAUCUGCAAAUGUCAUAUUUACAACUAAUAAACCUAGCAGAUUAUUUUGUCAAAAUAAAUGUAAAGGUGAUGGUAAAUUGUUUUUAAAUAUAUACUGUCUACGUAUGUACAUAUAAUAAAAUUUUUUCAACACAAAAUUAAAUCAUCAUAUAGUUAGUUUAGUGGCUAAUAGAUAUCCAUUAGUGGACUGUCUAAAUUGUAUUAUCCUGUCACAUCUAAUCCCACACAGAAUUUAAUUUCUUAAGAUUACAUUUCCUUUUUGCUGCUGAGACAAUCAAGAAAAAAUGGAACUGAAAGGAUGUAUUCAAUUCUGAAGCCAUUGGGCCAGUUUAAACUUUAUUCAUACAGAAGUAUAAGCAUGUGUGUGCAUAAUCAAAAUCUGUAACUGGCUGCACAAAUACUUCAGCUUGUGUAAAAAGAGAAUGAAACAAUCUGUGUUUCCAAUUUAUGAAUGAAGCAUUGUGGAUGUUUUGAAGUGGGUACUUUCAAAAUACAUUACUAAAAUCAAUGCAUUCACUUACUGCAUAUAAAGGAUUGCAUCUUAUUGGUACUAUAGCAGACAUAAUCAUGCUUGUGGGCUUCCUGAAGGUAUAUGUUCAGUGAUUUGUUGCAAUGUGUACAGCAGCAGUUACAGUUUUAACAUGAUUGGCAACUGUGUAAUCCUGGACAAGGUGGGGUGCCUUACAUUUGGAAUUUACAUAUUUAAAUGGGUUUGGGUUUAAGCUUGAUUGAUUGCCAUUUCAUUGGUAACCAGACAUUGACUGGCAACCCAUCUAGGGCAGGUUUCCUAGACUGGCUGAAGAAGAGAAAAACAGCCUCUCGUUUUUGAUUGUUUUUUUUUGUAAACAUAGAGUGAAAUAUAUAAUUAUAAAAACAAGUUGAGUUAUUAAAGAAACUUUUAUCAACAUGAUUUUACAAAUAAUGACUGGCAGGUUUGGGAAAUUAAUGGUUAAUAUACUUUCAAGUAUCAACUUUCUAUUCUGAAUGCCAUAAGCUUAUUAAGCUUAUCUAAUCUGAAGAAGUAUUUUUUUUUUUUUUAAUAUAUGUGAAGUGGCCUCUACCUUUCUGUACAAGUCAGCAUCUUGACAGAAAUUUAUACAGUUUUUAUUGUGGACAUGAAUUGACCGUUAGAUUAGAAAAAAAAUAGUUUACAUGAAAAAUGGGAAUAAUUCUGCUAGCGCCAUGAAGAGGACUAAUUAUAUCUUUUCACUAUCAAACAGUACGCAUUUUAUUUUUAUUUUUCAAGCUUAUCUUAUUCUAUAAUCGUGUGUGUUGACAGUUAGUCAUUUAAGCAUAAAAUUUAUGACUGUUUGUGCAUUUGUUUCCAUUUUGUGCCAAUUUUUAAUUAUAGCUUAAGGUAUGAUUUGCUUAACAUUUUCCUGUAAAGCAGUCUUUUGAAUAAUUUAUUGCAGGUACUGGAGUGACAUUAUGGAUGAGUAGACUGAUUACUUUAUUUGCCCAACAUAUUUGACAGUUCAGAUUCAAGCCGUAAAAAUCAUUAAAAAUGAUAAAGAAUUGUGUGUGUGUGUGUGUAUGUUUAUAUAUAGGGUGCCAGGAUUAAAAGGAGCAAAAGGUGUGGGAGAAAUAGGUGGCAAACCUGGUAUGGACCAAACUUCAUUAGAAGCAAGGUAGUCAAGGCAGCCCCCCGUGUGGACAGACAGUGCCCUGGAUUGUGGGGGUUCUCUGAUCACUUUCCUAGAAGUUGUAGCCUUCAUAUUCAGUACCAUGGGCCAUCUUAACAAGGUAUAGACUAUACUGGGUCCACCACCUAUUUCUUCCAUUUUUAUUGCCCUGUUUAUCCCUGGUACUGUCUUGCCAGGCUGGAACUUUGUGACUAUUAUGUGUCACACACAUACAUGUAUACUGUAAACAUGAAAAGAUUUUGAAAAUAUAUAUAAACAGGUUUGCUGCUACUGUAUCUUUUGUCAGAAUGUAACCAUUAUGCCAGGAUGAACAACUGACGGAUUCAUUAGGACUGGUAGUAUGUAUACAGUAAGUGCUUCCUUAAUGAAUCUUUUUUUUUAUUAUUAGUAAGUUUGCAUAACCUCUUUCAUAUUACCUGUUAAUGAUGGCAGAGUAGCUUUGAUGAAUGUUGUAACAUUUUGGAUCAAUAGGUGAAUAAAUGUCUGAUAUGGUGUCAAAGUAGAGCUAAACUUAAAAGAUGCAAAAUGUAUUUACCACAUGGCCGUGUACUGUAAAUGUGUGAUAAUUGGCACGUUUUCUGUGCUUUGUCAUGUAUAUAUACUGUAUGUGUGUGUCAGAGCUUUUUUUUUUACUAAGACAAGAAUGUAUUUUUGUUCCUGUAUAUAUUUAUAGCCUUUUUAAGCUUUAUAGACUUGCCUAUUAAUAAUGUCCCAUGAAGGAAGGAGUUCAGAGAGAGGCUUGGACUCCCUGUGACUCUUUGGUUAAACAGGUUAGAAAACAGAUGGAUGAAUGGCCGUUUGUAAGCCACAAAAUUAAUUUAUUUGGACCAUUUAACAUCCAUUGCAUACUAUAAUAUUAUUCUACUGCAGCAAAAGUUUUAAUAAAUGAAUGAAAAGACACUUUUAGCUAAUAAUUGUGAUCUUCAGUACAAGGAUUGUUGCCUAUUGUAAAAAAUGAACAGACAAACUAGAAACACUUAAACCUUAUGUAUGUGCUAUUAACAUACCAUAUUUUGCCAAUACUUUAAUAUGUGUGUAUAACGUAUCGGAUCUGUUCCACAUUGGUGACAUCAUUUAAAAAUAUAUUUCUAAGGCUAUACAGUGAAAAUGUAGUAGGCCAUGAAAAUGUAAAUGUGUGUAAUUCAAAUUGAAAAUAUUUGCAAAAUUCCUGUUUCUUCACUGUACUGAGCUAAAUUACUAUGUAAUAAAGAAAGGAAUAAAUAUUGAA